AUGUCCCAUUUGGAGGGAGCAAUAGAGCUUAUUGCAGGCAGGGAAAGUGUCAUUGCCCAAAUUCUCAGAACAGUUCCCAACAAAGAAUGCAACAUGAAGUUCACAGUUGGAGACGCCAAAAAUGGCUGUCAUGGAUCAAUGAUGGUUGAAGCAUUUGCAGCAAAAGACACCCUCAAAGUUGCCUUCAAAUCUGAAGGAAAAGGCAAAUUCAAGACUGUGAGCUUCAAGUUCAGAGCAAUUGGAAACAGAACCAGAAUCACGUUCUAUAGCUCUUUCUACCACACAAGAAUUCACGACUACGGAUCUCUUUGUGGCCCUCUUAUUGAUCAAGUUGUAGUGUACCCUGCUGCCUGA